CAAAGUCCUUCACACCAAUCCCUGGAAGAGCAUACGGUGACGUGAAACAGCUCUUAACGCUAAGACUGCCAACAGCGAACGGUGCCAUGAGCCCUCUCGGGCGAGUUCCGGAAGCACUCUUUCCGUCGUUGCGUUCCCGUCCCAGCUCAGUUUACAACGCGCCUCAACUUGCCAGGAGGCACGGUGGCGGAUGAUCAAACUCCUGCUUCAGCUGCAACCCCCCUACCCACUCCAGCGUCAACCCCCGUACCCACGCUAGCGCCAACCCCCGUACCCACGGUGUCGACGCUGGCGCCAACUGCCGUACCCACACCAGCGCCAACCUCGGCUUUUGCAAGCGACCUCAACCAGUGGCUGAGCAACUCCUGGUAUUCAGUCUCUGGCGCGAGGAUUACAAGACUGAGUGUAGAUUCAUUGAUUUGGAAGACCCUUGCGUUUGGCCCAUGGAUAAGGUCAGGCACUUACACGGCGGAGUUCCAAUACGUCGCAUCUACCGCCGGCUGCGGUCAAGCGCCUGGUUGUAGUGUAGCAUUCGGUGUCGUCUUCUCGAACUACGAUUUGACACAGACAGGGUGCCACCACAGCAGCGUGUCGGGCUACAGCUGUCAAAGUGGCCGAGGUGUAGAGUUUCUCGGCAAUAAGUGGGGCCAGGACACCUGGUCGGCUUGCUCGAACGACGGCAUUCAAGUUGGUGAUGUGGUCCGUGUGCAGGUCGACAUGGCUCUCGCAGAGAUGACCGUUGCCGUGAACGGCGCGAGCUGCCCGCCCUUCACGGGGCUCCCAGGCCAGGUUCGCCUGGCAGUAUCCACGGAGAGGCAAGGCGACAUUGUCGACGUCCUGUCUUUUUCCGCGCCUGCGCCAGCGCCGACCCAGGAGCUUCCUCCCGCUGGCUGGCUUGCCGAGCAAGGCGACGACCUGGCGUCGGCGACAGCAUUGCGGUGGUCGCGUUCGCGGACGACGGGACUUGGGCUGAGCGCCCUGCUCACUUCCCUGCCGCCUGUUUGGAUGGCAAUCUGAGCACGGGUCGCGCUCACGGUCCAAGGCCACAAGGAUCGGCAAAGUCAGCUCGUUGGCAGCAUGCUGUCGUUUUCAGCUUCUGCGCCCGCGAGCGGCGAGAGCUCCCCUGGUGGCCGAGUUCCACGAGCGUGCGUUUGCGCGCCAGCUGUGCAUGUGCAAAUGUCUGGCCUGCGCCCGUCACUGUACAUCUCCGCUGGGCACGAACCCCUCGAACAAAAUACGCAGGGGACUUCGAGGGGUCCUGACGACAAUCCAUUAGGUACCCGCGGCACGGUGACGGAUGACGGACAGCGCCCUCUGCGUGGACCGUGUUUUUUUUUUUUUUGAGGCGUAGUGUUUGUUCAACUAAUGAGGCCCCGACUCCGUGAUUGUGAUUCCAUCCUGGAACUCGCUGGCGAA